UCCCUCCAAUCACCGUAGAAACAACUGACGACCAAUAACCAAUCACAACGUACACGGUGCGGGAGUUACAGAUGGUAUACAUGUAUAUAUACUGGCGCACAGUGCAUGUAGUCCAAGGCGCUGUGUGUUCACACUAUGAUGUUCCCUACUGCGUUUCUGCUGCUGUCGCUUGUCUCUGCCGUGACGUCAUCAUAUGUCAACGACUUUGACGAGCGUUUCCAGUACAUAUGUCCUUUGGGGGAGUCCAUUGCUUACUGGGAAAGCUAUCAUAGUAACUACUAUGAAGACAGACGCUACAAGUUCAUCUGUCAGAAAACACCUCAACUAUUCAACUGUCACUGGCAUAACAAUGUGAACAAAUUGAAAGGACCGCUAUCUUUCCAAUGCCCCAAAGAUGCCGUCAUUAGGGGCGUCAGCAGCUAUCAUGAAAACCGGCACGAAGACCGACUAUUUACGUUCCUCUGUUGUUCCCUGCUAGGUAGCCCAUAUUUGGCGCAUUGUGUCAAGACCGACUUUGUCAACAAUUGGGAUCAGAGGCUCACCUUCAGGGUGCCUAUAAGACACUUCUUGAGGGGAGUCUCCAGCACUUACAGUAACUAUUACCAUGACAGGCGCUGGAAAUUUGAGACAUGCUCGAUCCAGUGACGGAAACGUCGUGCCCACAUGUAACCAGUCAAUACAUGCUGCUGUCAAAUAAAAAUAAUUUUGUUA